UGCAACGUUGAUGAGUGAUCAACGGUUCAUUCAACUAGAUCGUUGAAUCAACGAACAACGUUUGUUCUACGUACAUCCCUAAACUAAAGUGUCAAGGAAUUGAAAAGGACGCUUCGUUUUAGUUUCGUAUAAAAUUAUAAAGAUUAGAAAACAAACAAUAUUCUAAAUAAAACAUGUGAAUAGCUAACUUUUUAGAUAAUUCCAGGCUAUUGUUCUAAUUAUUCAGUACUAAAGCUAUGUUAUUAUGUUAUCAAAAAGUUCCUAAUCAGUAGAAGCUACAUAUGUAAUAAAAAAAUAUCAUUAAAGUAAGUUAGUUGCAUCUAGAAGAUAACAAAUAUGGAAGAUCUAUGUUCAACAUGCUUAUGUGUUGGAAGGAAUCUAUUCUUCAUCGGAGAGACGGGCUUUUAUAAUAUGUUCUAUCAAAUAUUAAAUGAAAUUCAGGUGUACGAUACAUCAUUAUGUGUGCGCGUGUGUUGGGAGUGUAGAGCCGCGCUACGUCGUUUCCAGAUGUUCAAAUCACAAGUGCAACGUUCAUACUCACAGCUGUUACAUGUACAAGUACAGAAUGGUUCAACGAAAUUACUAUUAUCAAAGGAGCCUAAAUUAAAAAUACAGCAAGUUGUUAAUAUAAAUUAUCCAGAGACAAUAGUGAAAGAGGAAUCCGAUGAUGAUAUACCCAUAGAAAAGCUAAAGAGAGAGGCCAUAGAUGAGAUGCAUUGCGAACCAGAGACAUUUGUCAGAGAUCUCAAUUUACCUCAUACUAAGAAGGAAUCUAGUAAAAAGAAGAAUAAAACUAGAUUAAAAAAGAAAAUAAAGAAGAAAAAGAAUAAAAUGAAAGCCGAUGUGAUAAGUGAUUCAGAGAAUUGGCCCGAUGUGACAGAAGAUAUGCAGAAGAUGGAUGAUAGUGUUCUAGAAGAUAAGAAGAUUGCAAACUGUGAUACAGACAUACAGAUAGAUGUUAAUAUACAAGAUAGAAAAGAAAUUACGGGUUCAGUGGGUGAGGUGGGUGAUGUGGGUGUAGUGGGCGAAGUGGGUGCAGUGGGUGAUGUGGGAGUGGGCGAUGUAUGUGAUGUGGGUGGUCCGCGCAGAGGUCCACGUUGCCGGGAGCGGGUGCCGGAGCGGCCGCAGUGCGUCGAGUGUGGGAAAAUGUUUAGCUCAAAGAAGACAUACAGAUAUCAUCUCAACGUGCUGCACAAAGGUGAGAACAGAUACCCGUGUCCUCGCUGCGGCAAAGUGUAUCAGUGGAAGUCAAACCUCGGCAGACAUAUGAGAAGUCAUAAGGCGCGCGACUCCGGAGAACUGCAUUGUUCCCCGUGCGGCAAACUGUUCGCCUCAGUGGCGACAUACAGACAACAUCUCAGAGUCUCGCGCAGACAUGUCCCUGAGACUGAAUUCAGUUUCACAUGUGAUGAGUGCGGCAAGAAAUUUGUAAGCAAGACUCGGCUAAGAGACCACAUCGAUUGGGAACAUUUACACAACAUCAAGUUCCGGUGUCAUCUCUGCAACAAGGCGUACAAAUGCCACACGUCACUGUACGUCCACCUUCAGAACGUGCACCGAGACAAAGACGCGCGACACAAUCUCUGUCACGUGUGCGGCAAGUCUUACCAGAACGCGGCGAAGUUGAAGUAUCACAUAGUGGCGAUGCACACGAGUGAGACUCCGUACCGCUGCGAGAGAUGUGGAGCAGCGUUCGGCUGGUACUCCUCGCUGUACAGGCAUGUGCGUGAAGUGCACUACAAGAUGAAAGUACAACCGAAGAAAACUAAGAAAGGCAAAAAGAAUGACAUGACACCGCUCAUUUUACCACAACAGGCAAUGCCAACGUGAACAUGACACCACAAUGAUUUUCAAUUGAAAUUAUUUUAAAUUAAAAGCACUUAUCUGUUGCAAAUUAAAUUAUAAAAUCUAUAAACUUACGAACUUAUCUGACCCGCUCGAUAUAUGUCAUAACUAUGACAGCUCAUUGGCGCCUUCCUGACAAUAUCAAAAGUGUCACUUUUUGGCACUUACGUUUAGAAAUAGAGUGACUGUAAGAUGUGGUAUUUUGUGCCAAUUUGAUUAUCGCCAUUUUGUCGCUGAUGGUAUUAGUUUGUAGCUGUUAUUUGGAUUUGAACUAAUAAUAUAGACAGAUUAACAGUGAAGUAACAUCAAUAGACGCGUUUAAUGGACGCAAAAGCUUAUUUUAAAGUAAUCGCCUAUACAUUUAUGUGGCAAACGAAGUGACCGUUGCCCAUAGACAUACGCAAUUGCAUGUGUGUUGCUUAACGAAAAUACUUUUCCUUUCUAUACAUCCUCUCAUCCGGAAAGUC